AGAUUAUUAUAUAUAGUUUGGAAUAAUAUAUUUUUAAGAAAUGAAAUUCAUAAACAUAUUUUAAAGUUUAUUGAACAUAGUGUUGUAGAAUUAAAUGAAUCAAGUUAUGACCAGUUUAAAGAUAAAUCAUAUAUAACAUCACUUGAAUGGCGUGGUGAUACACUACCAGAUAAAAAUGAAUUUCCACCAUUUUUGACAAAUUUAUAUUUGUACAGUUUUAAUAAAAUGUUAACUCCAACAACUUUACCAAAUACAAUUACAACACUCUCAUUAGGUCUUUAUUUUAAACAAGUAGUUCAACCCGGCACAUUACCAAAUAGUCUCACAACACUCACAUUCGGUCAUUAUUUUAACCAAGUAAUUCUACCCGGCACAUUACCAAAUAGUCUCACAACACUCAUAUUCAGUUAUUGUUUUAACCAAGUAAUUCUACGUGGUACAUUACCAAAUAGUCUCACAACACUCACAUUCGGUGAUGAAUUUGACCAAGUAGUUCUACGUGGUACAUUACCAAAUAGUCUCACAACACUCUCAUUCGGUCAUUAUUUUAACCAAGUAGUUCCACCGGGCACAUUACCAAAUAGUCUCACAACACUCACAUUCGGUAAUGAGUUUAACAAAGUAGUUCAACCCGGCACAUUACCAAAUAGUCUUACAACACUCACAUUCGGUCGUAAUUUUAACCAAGUAAUUCUACCCGGCACAUUACCAAAUAGUCUCACAACACUCACAUUCGGUAAUGAUUUUAACCAAGUAAUUCUACCCGGCACAUUACCAAAUAGUCUCACAACACUCAUAUUCGGUUAUUGUUUUAACCAAGUAGUUCCACCUGGCACAUUACCAAAUAGUCUCACAACACUCACAUUCGGUCGUAAUUUUAACCAAGUAGUUCUACCCGGCACAUUACCAAAUAGUCUCACAACACUCACAUUCGGUGAUAAAUUUGACCAAGUGGUCAAACCCUGCACAUUACCAAAUAGUCCCAAAACACUCACAUUCGAUAAUGAGUUUAACAAAGUAGUUCAACCCGGCACAUUACCAAAUAGUCUCACAACACUCACAUUCGGUCGUUAUUUUAACCAAGUAGUUCUACCCGGCACAUUACCAAAUAGUCUCACAACACUCAAAUUCGGUACUUGUUUUGACCAAAUAGUUCUACCCGGCACAUUACCAAAUAGUCUCACAACACUCACAUUCGGUGUAGUUCCACCCGGCACAUUACCAAAUAGUCUCACUACACUCACAUUCGGUCGUUAUUUUAACCAAGUAGUUCCACCUGGCACAUUACCAAAUAGUCUUACAACACUCACAUUUGGUUAUUAUUUUAACCAAGUAAUUCUACCCGGCACAUUACCAAAUAGUCUCACAACACUCACAUUCGGUUUUGAAUUUAACCAAGUAGUUCUACGUGGCACAUUACCAAAUAGUCUAACAACACUCACAUUUGGUUAUUAUUUUAACCAAGUAAUUCUACCCGGCACAUUACCAAAUAGUCUCACAACACUCACAUUCGGUUUUAAAUUUAAUCAAGUAGUUCUACCUGGCACAUUACCAAAUAGUCUUACAGCACUCACAUUCGGUGAGUGUUUUGACCAAGUAGGUGAUAUUCCAUCCUCAGUUCAAAAAUUGGAAUUUGGUGCCCAUUUCAACCAGCCUCUUAGUGAAGGAUUCAUACCAUCAUCAGUAGAGACAUUAGUUUUUGGU